AUGGCUUCUUGGGAUAACCGAGCUAUCACAAACGAGCACCUGCUCCCCUAUGUCGAUUCCAGCACGGCUCCUCCCGAUAUCAAGGCUGCUCUCCAGACUUUGCCUUUCGAGAGAAACAUUUUCAAGCUCGCCGUCCUGCGCACGGCUGCCACUUUGGAUGCACCGUACGAAUGGGAUGUCAACGAGCCCGUUGCCCGAGUCUUCGGCUUCUCCGAUGAGCAAUUUGCGGCCAUUCGCAAGGUAGAGGAUCCUCUGCCCGAAAAUCUGUUCACGCCGCGCCAGCGCCUCCUGGGACGGAUCGUCACGACACUUGGCCGAGAAGGCAAGGUGGACAAGGACACCAUUGUUGAGGCUAAGGCUACUUUUAGCGAUGAGGAGAUCACGGAGAUAUUCUUUGUCCAGGGUAUCUAUGGUUUCUUGGCAAAGUUUAUGAACAGUGUCCGUAUCGACUUCGAUGAGCCGAUUCCAGGCUUGGAGGAGCAGCUUCGCAAAUACAAUGCUAAGGCUAUUGAGAAAGAGAAGCAAUACGUAGAUUAA